CAGCUAAAAAGGACACGAGGUGAGAAUUUUCAGGAGAAAUUCCUCUUUUCGGUAAAUUUUAACGACUGAAUCAACGAUGUAUGAAUCUGAAGGAUUAUAUGAGGGAGAGGGUGGCGCGCCAGAUGGAGAAUUUUAUGGAGGAGGAGAGUAUGAGCCUCCUAUACAUGAUAAAGGAGGUAUAGAUCCUCAGUCCUAUUCUCAUAUACCAGAGGAAAUACGAAGAUUUAUUCACUUCUUCCAUCAGCAUGUCACUGACCAGAAUCUCUAUGACAUUCAGUUCAUCUAUGAAACAAAUUUCAACAAAUUGACUGAGAGAUAUUUUGAAAAAUCUGCUUGGCCUGAACCUGAAUAUGUUGCAAGCCUUGUGGAUGGAGACCAAGUGUUUUUGAUCCUUUACAAAGAGCUGUACUACAGACACAUCUACAACAAGCUCAAGCCAACACUGGAAAAUCGCUUCGAUUCUUAUUUCAACUACUGUGAUCUUUUCAACUACAUUUUGAACACAGAUGAACCAGUACCUCUCAGCUUGCCCAAUCAGUGGUUGUGGGAUAUUAUUGAUGAGUUUAUUUACCAGUUCCAAGCAUUUAGCCAGUACCGAUCAAAGUUGUUGAAAAAGGGAGAAGAUGAAGUGGGAACUCUUAGAGCAAAUACAAAGAUUUGGAAUGUUCACAGUGUGCUCAAUGUGCUGUAUUCUUUGGUGGAGAAAUCCAAGAUUAAUCACCAGCUUGAGAGGUAUAACCAAGGGGGUGACCCAGACUCAGUGGCUGGUGAGUUUGGAAUUCAUCCACUCUACAAGAUGCUGGGUUACUUCAGUCUGAUAGGUUUGCUGAGACUGCAUUCACUGCUUGGUGAUUAUUUUCAGGCCAUCAAAGUUUUAGAGAAUGUCGAGCUAAACAAGAAGAGUCUAUACUCAAGAGUUCCAGCUUGCCAGAUCACUACCUACUACUAUGUUGGGUUUGCCUACCUCAUGAUGAAGAGGUACCAGGAUGCUAUUCGCAGUUUCUCCAAUAUUCUGCUUUACAUUCAGAGGACCAAAAAUAUGUUCCAAACUAAAUCCUAUCAGUAUGAACAGAUAAUGAAGAAGAAUGAUCAGAUGUAUGUACUGCUGGCCAUCUGUCUGACAUUAUGUCCACAGCGAAUUGAUGAAAAUGUUCACUCACAACUGAGAGAGAAAAAUGCAGAUAGGUUGCAACGACUUCAGCGUGGAGACUUGCAGACAUUUGAGGAGUCCUUCUCGUAUGCUUGUCCUAAGUUUAUCUCCCCAGUACCUCCGAACUUUGACGCCCCUCCAGCUAAUUUUAACAGGGAACCGUUUAAUCUUCAGCUGAAAGUUUUCAUGAAUGAAGUGUCGCAGCAGUCUCUGAUACCAGUAAUUAGAAGCUAUUUGAAGUUGUACACCACAAUGCCCAUCGCAAAGCUUGCUGCAUUUUUAGACAUGGAUGAGGGUCAGUUCAGGACCCAACUGCUCUGCUUCAAGCAUAAACAGAGGAAUCUUGUGUGGACGAAAGGAACAGAUGCUCUUGAGGGAGAGCUCCAGUCUUCCUCUGAAGUGGACUUUUACAUUGACCAGGAUAUGAUACACAUCGCAGAUACGAAAGUUGAACGGCGGUAUGGAGAUUUCUUUAUUCGACAGAUUCACAAGUUUGAGGAGGUGACUAGGAACAUCCAAGCCGUUCAGUAA